CCUCCUGAAACCCGGGAGAAAAGGUUGGCUGACAAUGUUAUUUCCGCACCGAAAAUUUUAUCACCAUCUCAAACGUCACCCAUAAACGAUGGUACUUUGCCUCCAAUGGACGAGUCUGUCGUGAACGAGCUUUCGCAGCCUAAUAUGCCCACCUUUCAGGAAUUUCAUGCUAAAGUUCUCGGUGAAAAUCAAAACAAACGCCGUCUUGGUAAACUUUUUUUUUCUGCGUCAUCGAAUGUCACUGUAGAAUCACCAGAAGACUCUGUUAAUUUAAUCUUGGGUCAAUCAUUCAAGGACAAUGUUGGAACCGCCGCAAACUCUAAUCUCUCUAAAAACCCCUAUCGGAGUGACGAGGGUGUCCCACAUACCUCCUCUGACCCCACUACGGCAAGCAGUGACGCUGCCACGCCGAUUCCGCAUUCACCUGGAACUGAUACCUUUGUAGCCACGUCUGAUUUUAUCUUUCCCUCAAAUGUCAUGGAGAACGGAGGAAACGGAGGUGCUAAUGGUAAACGAGUACACAGCACGGGUCAAGAGCUUCGAGUUAUGCGGAAUAUUGCUGCGUCAGAAUGUGGGGCCAAGCUUCUUGAAGCCAGUCCUUCUGCUAAACAUGCACCUGCGAUUCUGGUAGACAAUAAUGACGAGUAUAUGAACCAGCCUUGCUCUUCGGAGAAGUGGUUUAUAAUCGAGACAUGCGAACCGGUACAACUGGGCAUCAUCCAAAUCGCCAACUACGAACUUUUUUCGUCGCGCUGCAAGACAUUCCGCGUCUUUGUCAGCGAUAGAUACCCAGCAAAGCAAUGGGAGCAGAUUGGCGUUUUUCAGGGUCAAGACGUGAAGGGCUUGCAGACUUUUCACAUCAGCGGCUCCACAACCGGCCGUCUUAUUAAAUACGUCAAGUUCGAGAUGCUCGAUCACUAUGGAAAUGAGCACUUCUGCCCUAUUACAAUGGUGCGUCUUUUCGGUCUCAGUUCGGAUGAAAUGGACGAGCCUGGACUUCCACCGCCUCCGCUAUCACGUUCCUCUCCUCCUGGUGACCUUGAUACUACCUUAAAGGAGUCGGACGGUGAACUCGAAGGGAAUACCAACACUUCAUUGUUGAACAAAACUCGCGUUACGACAUCCAUAGACGUGCAACCGUCGACUAAGGCGACCAGCCCUACUGCUUCAAAAAAACAGUCAGGGCAGAAGAAAUUCAAGAAGAAGAAGAAGAAGUCGACAAACCUACUUGACCCUCCAGUCAAUGGCAGCUCAUUUGCUGAAGAAGUUGAAAAAGGCGACUGUUUGAAGGGCCAGACGAACAAAGUGACGACGACGACGACGACGAAGACUAGCUCGAAUAACUCAAUUGGUCUGUGGCAGCAUGCAACGCGCUUCAUCUUGGGCGUUCUGCAAAGCGCUAUCGGUAGUAAGAGCUCGCUGAAACUUCAACAGGCCCCAUCAACAGCCCUAACCAAUCGCGCUGACCCUGUCACGUCCAUAGAACCGAGUAGCGAUGACUUUUACUCCGUAAUCUACAUAUUCUCCGCCGCAUCUUCCAACGCUGCCACACCACCCUCUACAGACGCUAAAUCCCGCGGUCUCUGGCACCUUGCUCGUUGCCUUGUCGCACUCUCCUCUUCUCCGCUCCCUCAUUCAGUGGUUGCAUCUCAUCAUGCCUGGGCUGACUGUAUUGCGACCGAGUUCCUUCUCAAUCUCACGACCACUUCCUCCAGGAGUUCUAUGAAAUCCCUCCUUCAGUUUCAGCGUUGGGCUGCUGCAUACCGAAACCUCACCUCUACAUUUGGUAGAUGGCCAGCAUUCUUGAUGAGGGAGCAGAUGGGAAAGAACUUACCUGUGCCUGAGUUCUUGAAGCCACGCGUCAAACCGAAUUUUGUAGCACCAACGUCUUCAAUACCAGCGGUCAUUGGUGCGGAAGCCUUGGAACAGGAAACUGUAGAACUGAGCACAACUGAGAAGUCUCCUUCUCCGAUGGAAUCUAAAUCGUCUAGUAUUUCCUCCAAGUCGUUACCGAAGUCACCAAUGUCAUCACCUAAAAUGAAUGUGGAUUCUCACGAGGACGAAGAAAUGUUGGAGGAUGAAAACUUUUCCCCACAGCCCCCGUCACCAUCACCAUUGGGUCAAAGUGCGUCUUCCAAAAAAAAGGCCGACGAAGAGGUACCGGUGUUGGAAACCAACAAGGUCGUGACAGAAGCGACGGUCCCAGCUGAUUCUCUACGGAAGCAGGAUUCGGAGAUUGAACUGGUGAUGGCGGAAGGGAUGGAAGGCGAACGAGAAGUGGUGCUGCCAGCAGCAAUGGGUGGCUCUUGGAAGGAGACCAUGUACAUGCGUCUCAACAAUAAGGUCCUUCAACUUCAAUCUGACGUUUCCGUCAGCAUGAGGUACUUGGAAGAGCUGAGUCAAAGCUAUAAGCGUCAAACAGAGCGUUUGUCUGCGUCAUUUAAUCUCACAACCGCAUGGUUGAAGGCCACGGCGAAGGGAGCUGAGGAGCGCGAUCUGCUUCAGCAGGAACGAAUUGAUGCACUAGAGGCACAACUCAACAAACUCCUGCACAUCCUCGCAGAGAGAGGUGUGGACAUACUUGCACCUGUUUCUUCUCAAGAUUUGAUCUCUACCACUACCUCCUCCGCAGUUCCACACUUCCGCAAACCCCAUUCUCACUCCUCCUCUUCCACUCCAAGCGUCGAUCUUCAAUCCAUUCUUUGGUCCGCCUUUUUCCAGUCACCUGCCACUGCUGGUCCUAGCAACAGCCUUUCCACGCCUUCAAAACGUGUCUUUGGGCCGUCUUCAACCUCCAUUGCUGACCUUACUAAUCGAGGCGAUAAUGAUACACGAGGUGACAGUGAGCCCUAUAACACAACUGUGUUAUCGAUGUUUGGACGCACAUCAACACCACCUGGAUCAGUGAGGCCGGGUUCCUCUGGAGCACAUCUCUCGCCUCCAGCAUCCCUCUUCUUCCGUCGCAGGCGACUGAGGGGACAGGAGGCGAUAACUGAUGUGAAUGGACCGGUGACACACCCACCUGGCCUUGGAAGCAUCUGGAAGUUCAUAUUCGUUGUGGUGUCGCAGCAUUUGCGAAACUUUCUGUUCUCUGAGUCGUCCAUUUAUCUCCACAUUCUGCCGAGUUCUGUCCUCAUAACUGGUGGCCUGUCUGUAUCUCUGCUGACUAACCUACCCGCUCUUCCAUUUGCGCAGACCCUUCGAUUAUGGCUUCUCCACCUCUGCCUCGCAGUGUUGACACAAACCUUCGUUUAUGCGAUCUUUCUGCGCAACGUUCUGCGUCGCUGUCCUCCACUUUCGCCUCUUAUUCUUUCUCCAUCCUCCUGUAAAAUAUGCUCCAGUCUUCCUACAAUAGAGGUGAAUUUAUUUUGUCUGAUCCAUAGUCAUUGUAGGAGGUUUGUGGUUGAUUGUCCCCAGUAUUUUAAUCUCCCCUGCCUUAAAAGGAAUCUCGGCUUACUCAUCCCAUGUUUUUUUCUUCUCGUCUCUACCUUUCCUUCUAUUCGUCCCCUUGUCAACUGA